AGGGCAUUUAGAGCAUUAGCCGCCUAGUACCGAAGCGUGCUUUUUUUUCCUGCUUAGGUAGCGAAUCUUUCUUCUACUCUCGAUCUUAGGGGGGGAAUUUAUUAGAAUAAUUAGAGGGCAAUUACAUUGUUUUAUCAUACCCCAAUCUUAGAUCUUUUUACUUCUGAAUAAAAUCCCAUCAUUUCAUAGCAUUCAAACUUUCUAGACCAAACUACAGUGAGAAAGGGAAUGAGCAAAUCUAGAUCACUUGUCUGAAGUCAGAGGCUCUGCAGAGAGUCUACUAUCUCUGUGAGAAGUAAGUCAGUAUAUCUUCUUCACACUCGCCCCCAUAAUAUGAUGAUAUUGCUUUUUAAGAACCGUUGCGACUGACACCAUAUUUGUGGUGCUUGAUCUCACUGUGCCAGCCUAUCUGAUCUCUCCCUUUAUCAUACAAUCUUCUUCAUGUUAGGUGUAAUCCGGCAACAAGGCUAACUCGUCAAGGGUCAUUGGGAUGGAAAACACGCAAUAUCUACGAUUCUUGCGCCCGUACCUGUUCGGACUGCCACCAGCUAACAGGGCGGCAUAUUCGCGGCUCUUUGCGUCGUGUACAAGGGCACAUCCCAGGUCCAUCUCACGUACUACACAAAACAAUGAUGUAUCCCAGAUUACCGGGGUGAGGCGAUUCAUGAGCAGCGAAUCUGAAGUAGCAACUGCAGCUGCCCAUUCAGACACGAUCCAACAACGUGUCCAUAAGCUUCAAGAUUAUGACGUUCUCCGAUUUCCCAGGCUAGAUCACAAGGCUGACCGAAUGACGAUACCGGCUUUUCGUGAGAAGUUCCGGGAUGAAGUAUCAACCCCACCCUCAGAGAGCAUCACACUAGAAGGCAGGAUCAUGUCAAUAAGACGGUCUGGAUCCAAGUUGGUUUUCAUGAAUAUUCUAGGCGGAUAUCAACAAGUGCAAGUCAUGGUGCACUUGGGCAGUCUCGCUUCGCCAUCUUUGAACUCUGAAGUUUUCAGAAACGCCCUCCAUCCAUUGUGUCGUGGAGAUAUUGUCUCAAUCACAGGCACAACUAUUCGGACAAAGACCGGGGAAUUAACAUUAAGGGCACUCGAGCUCCCUACUAUUCUCAGCCCAGCUCUCUCACCCCUCCCAGAAAAGCUGACUAAUGAGGAGACCAAAGUCUUGAACAGACAUGUUGACUUGCUUGUCAAUCCACGGACUUCUGACAUCCUCCGACUUCGCUCUCAAGUUAUCAAGUCCAUGCGGGAGUUUUUGCAUGAGCAUGAUUUUCUCGAAGUUCAGACUCCUAUCUUAGCUGACUCCGCUGGCGGAGCCAUGGCACGGCCAUUUUUGACCACAACAGCUUUAUCCGAGAAACAAUUAGCACUGCGGAUUGCCCCAGAGCUUUGGCUCAAACGACUGAUCGUUGGCGGUAACGAUAAAGUCUUCGAAAUAGGUCCGUCCUUUCGAAACGAAGGCAUCGAUACAACACAUAACCCGGAAUUUACCAGUUGCGAAUUCUACUCAGCUUACUUCAACCUAAAAGAUUUGAUUCAAAUGACAGAAAGCCUCAUCACCCGCCUCCACCAUGAUGUUAAUCAAGCCAUAGCGACCCGCCUGACGUCUCUUCAGAAACCCCAAUUUUCGAUGCCGGACGGCCAGUGGAGCCAGGUCGAAUUCAUCCCUGCACUUGAAGAUAGUCUCGGUUUCCAUUUCCCUGAUUUAUCGAAACCUAGUGCUCUGGAAGAGCUUACCAGCCUACUUACAGAGCACCACCCCUCAUUGGACAUUUCAGGAAUGUCGCUUAACAAACUUUUGGAUCAUCUAGCUGUGACCUAUCUCGAGGAUGCAUCGUUGUCUCAGCCAUUAUUCAUUAUACACCAACCUGCUUGCAUGUCGCCUCUCUCAAAAUCGUUCAUUUGCCCCAAGACAGGUCAACUUGUCUCCGCGCGUGCCGAGUUGUUCAUCGAAGGUCGCGAGAUAGCUAACAUGUAUGAGGAAGAGAACGACCCCUUUGAACAACGUCGAAAAUUCGAACUUCAGGUAGAAUCCAAAACCAGAACUAUGGUAGCCUGUGAGGAAGGACCAGGUGAAGUAGACGAGAGUUAUGUACAGGCUCUCCAAAGCGGUCUUCCUCCAACUGGCGGAUGGGGCUGUGGUGUUGACCGACUCAUCAUGUUGUUUUCUGGCGCGGCCAGGAUUAGUGAAACCCUUUCCUUUGGCAAUUUGAAGAAUGUUGUCUCGCUUUCUCAAGUCGCCAAGAGCUCCUAGGUUUCGCCGUGUAUAUCAUUAUUACAUAUGUGUAUUAGACGACUUCCGUUAGAUAUAGAAAUAGCCAACCAGUACACCAUUAAUACUGUUUAUCAAUGAGGUAGCUAUGGCAUUUACGGUCAUACCCUGGCUAUUCGAUACAAUUAUUAAUCAUACACGUCCAUCCUCCCUUAGCGGUUUUCCCUACUCAUCACAACAUCAGUUAAGCCGUCACAUCUCUGAUAUUUCCAGGGUCUAAUGCCCAAAGGAGCCGAGGGCAUUCAAACUUGGACAAUGAUAUAUCCAUUUACCCAAUUUGCAACUACUAGCAAGGAGUUUUACAAAUAGGAGUAUCAUAGACUUAGCAUCAUUUGCAUCAGAAUUGAUCAUGUCACCCAC